AGUCACUCCUCUCUCCUGCUGCUCUGUGGUGAGUCUGCAGUGCUAAAGCUCUCUACCGAGGAAUUCAACAGGAGCUGCAGACAAAAGGGAGCUAGCUUCUCUCUCUAACCCAGGAGGUGCCCCGUUGUCUGGGGCCUCACCCGCCCUCUCUCAUCCUCCUGCCCCCAUCUCCUGUCUGAGCCCUGCACCUGUUCUGACUCGUCAGCCAGGUGAAGAGGAUCCUCUGGCCUUACGCUGUGUUUUUCAGCUGACCAUAGCUGCGGGGCAAUUAGGAACCCAGUCUAUUCAUUUGACGCAAUCCAGUGCUUUGCUCUGUAUCUCUCUCUCUGUCUUUCUCUCUAUAACCCACCUCCCUUCCCUCCCUGCCUAUCCCUAUCCCUACCCCCCUCCCACUCCAUCUCUGUCUAACCCAGUCUGAGCCUGCUUGACACUGUGGCUGUGGGUACGUGUGGAGCUGCAGAAGUUUCCCUGCUGGAGUUAAAGUGUGGAUCACAUUGCAAGGACGUAGGGGAAGAAAGGGUGAAAAAGAAUUCUUCUGGUGGAUAGACAAGAUUGGAUUGAGCAUUGGACAACGGCGAUAGAAAAGUACUCCAAACUCCAAACCAAAGGAUUCUGCAGUUGGAAGAGCAGCAGGUAUGAAAAGCCUGACUGUGGUUGUGUCUGUGGCUCUGCUGGCACUGUGCUGCCUGCUGAUCCCCAGAGGAGGGGAGAGUGCUGGGGGGAUAGUUUCUCUCCAGCCGACUGAAGGGGAGAGGCAGGCAGGGGAUCAGUUGCGAGACAAGUCCCUGGAUGACCCAGAAAAUGAGCAAGGACUUUCAGUGGACCCACACCCACUGGGAAGCAGCAACAAGUACAAGAGAGACACAGAGGAGGAAUCACAGGCAGCUAUUUCGGGCAGGGUGAGGAGAGCACCAGACGAAGGCAAAAAGAAGAAGAAGGACAAGAAGAAGAACAAAGAGCCAAAGGACCCCAAAGCCACCAAAAAGCCCAAAACUGACAAGAAGGGAAAGAAGAAGGACAGGAAGACAACAACCACAACUCUACCACCAACCACAACAGUGAUCCCGACUGAACCGCCCACUGAACCUGAGCCAUACACAGACUAUCCCUAUCCUGAUGUUGACAAUGAUUACUGGACACCGGAAGAGGACUACUGGGAGGCCGAGCACACACCAUCCAGCCCUCAGCCCAAGACUCAGAGGCCGGAGGAGGAAGUCCCAGUUGUUCCAGUAACAGACGCCUACGAUGACUACUGGAAACCAGAUGAGAAAGAGUCGUCCACUCUAGAGCCUGACUACUGGACAACAGACCAGAAAGAACCAUACGCUCCCGUGACUGAUAACGAUGACAGCUACUGGAAAGAGGUGGACCCGACGGCCCCUGCCCCUGAGGUUGAUGGGAAGGCUGGAACAGAUGACACCGAUUACUGGGACGCCACAUUUGAGGUGCCAGAUAAUCUUCCAUUCCCUGAUGGUAAAGAGGUCAGCCCUGAAAUCAAAGUAGAAACUCUACCAGAGGAGCCCACAGCCACUCCUCCCUAUGAGGAGACGUGGUAUGAUGAUUACGACGAAUACGGAAUGAGGAGGAAAGAAGAUGAGACAGACGAAAACUGGAUGGAGAAGGAGAGAGAGAGAGCAGAAAAAGAAAGAGAGAGGGAAGAGAGAGAGAGAACGCAGAAGCUGAAGGAGGCAGAGGAGCGGGCCAGGAACAGACCACGUGUGUUCAUAGAGCCAAAAAAGUGUCCUCCCCUGGGGAUGGAGUCCCAUAAGAUCGAGCCAGACCAGCUUUCAGCCUCAUCUGUGUCUCAGUAUAGUUUUGCACCUCAGAGGGCACGCCUCAACAUGCAGGGCUCAGAUGAUGAAGAUAACGUGAGAGGUGGAGCCUGGUGUGCAAACUCAGAGGACAGAAUCCACUGGUUUGAGAUAGAUGCUCGCAGGGAGACAGAGUUCACCGGAGUCAUAACACAAGGACGAGACUCCUUCACUGAGAGUGACUACGUGUCGUCCUACUUCCUGGCUUUCAGCAAUGACAGCAGAGAAUGGACCACCAUCCAUGAUGGAUACGCUGAUUGGUUGUUCUUUGGAAAUAGUGAUAAGGACACUCCAGUGAUGAACCAGUUUGCAGAGCCUGUGCUGGCCCGCUACAUCCGAAUCAUCCCUCAGAGCUGGAAUGGCUCUCUGUGUAUGAGGCUGGAGGUCCUAGGCUGCCCCCUGCCUGACCCAGUUGAUGUUCAGUACAGGCAAAAUGAAGUGACUCCAGUAGAUUACUUGGAGUUCAAACAUCACAGCUACUCAGAGAUGGUGGCACUCAUGAAGUCAGUGAAUGACGAGUGUCCCAACAUCACCAGCAUCUACAGCCUGGGCCGCAGCUCCAAGGGACUGGAAAUCAUGGCCAUGGUCAUCUCUGGCAACCCCACAGAGCAUGAAAUAGGUGAGCCAGAGUUGCGCUUCACAGCUGGUCUCCACGGAAACGAGGCACUGGGUCGGGAGAUGAUCCUGCUUCUCAUGCAGUACCUGUGCAAAGAGUACAAAGACAGAAACCCCAGAGCCCAACAGCUGGUAGAGGGAAUACGCAUCCACCUAGUGCCCUCGCUCAACCCUGACGGACACGAGAAAGCUUUUGCAGUGGGAUCAGAGCUGAGUGGAUGGACCACCGGACACUUCACUGAGGACGGCUUUGACAUCUUCCAGAACUUCCCCGACCUGAACAAUAUCCUGUGGGAUGCUGAAGAUAAGGGCAUGGUGCCCAAACUCACCCCCAAUCACCAUGUACCCAUACCAGACAACUUAGAGAGCAACAGCUCGAUUGCUGUGGAAACCAGGGCCAUAAUCUCCUGGAUGAAAAGCCAUCCAUUUGUGUUGGGUGCAAACUUCCAGGGCGGGGAGACAGUUGUGGCCUAUCCUUAUGACAGCUUACGUCUCGACAAGCCUACCAAGAGCCAGAAACCCCACAGCCGCAAGAAGAGACAGUAUGAGGAAGAAGGUUUUGAUGUGACCGAGUGGGGAAGGGGCUACCAUGAGGAGCCAGAGGAAGAGUGGAGAGGAAGGGGAUACGCAGAGCCAGAGGAGGAGUGGAGGGGCCACGGCUAUGACCAUGGUUAUGACCAUGGCUAUGACCAUGGCUACGACCACAGUUACAACCAAGGUCACGGCCACAGAGAGGAGGAAGAGGAUGAUAGAGGAAGAAGCGCCGGUUACCAGUACGCUGAGUCUGAGGAUGAGCCUCGGGUGAUUGCUGACGAGUCCCUCUUCAGGUGGCUAGCUGUCUCCUACGCCUCCACACACCUGACCAUGACACACAACUACCGCGGCUCCUGCCAUGGAGACACUGCUACAGGGGGGCACGGCCUCGUCAACCGGGCCAAAUGGAAGCCAAUCACAGGAAGUAUGAAUGAUUUCAGCUACCUACACACCAACUGUUUUGAGUUGUCCAUAUUCCUGGGAUGUGAUAAGUUCCCUCAUCAGAGUGAGCUGGCGUCUGAGUGGGAGAAGAACAGAGAAGCAAUGCUCAUCUUCAUGGAACAGGUGCAUCGUGGCAUCAGGGGCAUUGUGAAGGACCAGCAGGGGAACCCCAUUGCAAAUGCCACUGUGUCUGUAGAGGGGAUAAACCAUGAUGUCACUACAGCACCAACAGGGGACUACUGGCGGCUGCUUAACCCGGGGGAGUACCGUGUGACAGCUCGAGCUGAGGGCUUCUCCCCUGUGACCAAACUCUGUGUGGUGGGUUACCAGUCAGGAGCAACCGCCUGCAGCUUCAACCUAGCCAAGUCCAACUGGGACCGCAUUAAACAGAUCAUGGCCCUUCAUGGCAACAAGCCAAUUCGACUCAGCUAUAGCAACACCAGAGUACAGUACCCUGCAGUUGUUAACAGCAACAGACGUGUGGUUUAUGGCAGCGAGCAUUCACAGAAUUCACAAAUCAGCGCUGACAGGCAGAGGAGGCUCAGGAUAGCCCAUAUCCGUCGCCUUCGGCAACAGAGAAUGAAGUUAAGAUCGACAACAACGACAACGACAACAACAACAACAACGACGCUACCCCCGACAACAACUACAAUUCCCACAAUGCCAGAGACCACCACAUCCUGGUAUGACUCGUGGUUCAUAGAGGAGGGACAGACCUCGACACCUGGCGGUUUCACAGACUCCAUCCUGGAUUAUAACUACGAGUACAAGAUUGAUGACUAUUAAACCAAACACACACAAUUCAGUAAACAUGCAACCAUCCUCUCAUUCUUGAAGUUCUCAUUGCCAUGUUGAACUUCGAGCGGGUUAAUAGAGAAUCAAACGAGGAAUCCUGUCUUACAACAUAUAAGCAAUAUUAACUAUAUUAAUUGUAUAAAGACAGAGUAUCUAUUACUUAACAAAUUGACCCUGUUGAGUAAUGGUAUUUCAGUUUGACAGUUCACACUGCAUUGUUCUGACUUGUUAUUCUUUUUUUUCUUCAUGAAAAGAUUUUUUAUUGUGGAUGCACAUUAACAAAGGUCAUGACUUUUUAAAAAAAAUUUUUUUUUUACUUCACCAGAGUUGAAUUAUUUACAGUUUCAUUCAUAAAUGGCAGAAAUUUUUUUUUACAGUAUGAACAGUCACUAAUGGUUUAAAAGGUAUUUGUUCAAAGUCAGUAACUGAGAGUCAGAGGAGGGAGAGAGUCUUCUGUCAUGUUUCCUCAGACACAGCUGGGGUAGUCAUUUUUCAAAUAAAGGCUUGUUAAUACACAA